UUAGAGGAGUUGGAUCCAAAUUUGUCCAUGUAAAAUUUGUGAUUCUGUAAUUGGAUGAUGAUUCCUGCUUGCCUUCAAUUUCAUUUUUAAGUUUACUGUCCCUUCUUACUGGUAUUUGUUUGCAAGAUCGUCAAUUGCAACCAGAUCGCCACCACAACUACAAUAUAAAGCUUGAAACCUGUGAAACUGCAACGGCUACUGCAAUAUAUAACUUGACACAUCUGAAACCUCAAUAUUAAUGAAUGGCAUCCAACAGGGGUCAAGGUGGAAUUCAGCAGCUGUUGGCUGCUGAACAAGAGGCACAACGGAUUGUGAAUGCUGCGAAAAAUGAAAAAUUGGCUAGGUUGAAGCAAGCCAAGGAAGAGGCUGAAAAGGAGAUUGCUCAAUACCGAGCUCAACUAGAGGCUGAGUUUCAAAAGAAAGUGUCAGACAGUACUGGAGAUUCUGGAGCUAAUGUCAAGCGGCUUGAGCAAGAGACUGAUGAAAAAAUCCAGCACCUGAAAACGGAGGCUGCAAGAAUAUCGGAUGAUGUUGUUGCCAUGCUUCUCAAGCAUGUAACAAGUGUGAAAAAUUAGGACCCUUUGAUAUAUAUUGGUGCUGAGGACUUCUAAAUUAUGAUGAUUAUUAUUCCGAGUUUAUUUUUUACUCUAGAUAUUCUGGUGCGGGUGAGAUCCUUGUUUUGGUUACAAUGCUUAAUACCUUGCUGCACUGUACUCAGUCAGAAAUGACUUCAAAUUUGUUAAAAUAAACAUUUCGGAAUUAAAAGACAAGUGUAUUUUGUGUUGCUAUUUUAACAAGUGUUUGAGGACUA